AAGUCCAGAGGGUGGCAGUAACGGGCACAAGCUGCCAUUAAACCUCAAAGAAGAAGAAGACAAAUCGCAGGGCGGGUUCAGUUGGAGCCGUUGUUGAUGUUUCAGAGAGGAACAUCCUGCUGUGUAAACGAUGGAUCAGUGGGAUUUGUGUCCGUUCUCAGUGACUCCAGCUGCCAGCCUGCUGUCCAGAUGUGUCUCUAGAGGAAUUUUGUCUCAGGAGGAAAUAGACUCCGCCUCCUCCAGGCUGAGCCCCGCCUUCUCCUCUCACCUGCACGAGGCUGAGCAACGAAUCAAAAUGCAGAGAGAGCUGGAUCAGCUGCAGCUGGAGGUGGAGCUGCUGCAGAUGGAGAAGCAGAGUGCCGACGUCACGCACAGUUUCUACCUCACUCAGAGGUUCCAGAUGUUACAGAUGUUCUGCAGUCACCUACAGGAGCUCCUGAAGGAUCAGAACAGUCUGAGGCAGAGACUGAUGAAACCACUGGGUCGCACCAACCUGCCUGUUCAGGCUCACCUGCACAGGUUCGUGGUGGACGUGGUGAAGAUGCUGCUGGACUUCAUCGAGACUCUGGAGGAGAACCUGAACUCAGUCCGCUGCAGUCCCGCCGCCAGAGACCACCUGACUCAGCUGAACACCUCUCUCACACAGUUACUGGCUCACGUGGCGGAUGUGGAGAGUUUGUCCAGUCAGGUCCUCCAGAGGAAGGAAGUCCACAGCAGCAAGCAGAGUGACACCUCUGCAUGAUGACCCCUCCACACCUCCUCCACACCUCCUCCUGCUCCUGCUGGACGGACAGGAAUCAGUCUCUUUGGACAAACACAGAAUCUCUACAUGGACACUGUGUAUUAGUUAUUAUCAUUAUUAUUAUUGUGUCAGAUAUUACAGACAUGAUAGACUUGAUUAUUGUUUUUGUAAUAAAAUCUGAUUUUGGUAGAAA